AUGGAUCAAGCUAUUACGUCUCUUGAGGUAAGAUUUGAGCAAUUCCAAGGUUUCGGUUGCUUCCGCGGAGAGAAGUUUUUCAAAAUUAAAGCUCAUAAAAAAUUAUCUACGCUCGACUAUGUCUCAAGAUCGAUUGAAUGGUUUGGCAUUGAUAUCCAUAGAGCAAGAACAAGUUGA